AUGGCUAACAAUCCUUUUCCAAUUGAUGUGAUCCAGGAAAAUUAUGUCCGUAAUGUGAGAAACUGCAUUUUUUCAAUUGUCUAUCCUACACCUUUUAAAUCUAGAGUUCGUCUUGUAGCUGUUUCAAAGGAAGUUCUUGAAAAUAUUUUGGAUCUUGAUAUAUCUGUCAAAGAAACAUCUGAUUUUCUUCAGUUUGUCAGUGGUGGGAAAGUGAUACUUGGGUCUGUUCCAUUGGCCCAUAGGUAUGGGGGUCAUCAGUUUGGUAGCUGGGCAGGUCAGCUGGGUGAUGGAAGAGCCCACUUGAUCGGAAUAUAUACAAACAGGCAUGGUGAGAGGUGGGAAUUACAGUUAAAAGGAUCAGGAAAGACCCCAUACUCCAGGAAUGGCGAUGGAAGAGCUGUGCUUCGCUCUUCUGUGCGAGAAUUUUUGUGUAGUGAGGCCAUGUACUAUCUUGGAAUUCCUACAAGCAGAGCUGCUAGCUUAGUUGUAAGUGAAGAUGAUGUGUGGAGAGACCAGUUUUACAAUGGAAAUAUUAAGAAAGAAAGAGGUGCAAUAGUGCUACGUCUUGCCAAAUCAUGGUUCCGUAUAGGAUCCUUAGAAAUCUUAGCUCAUUCUGGGGAACUGGACUUACAAAGAAGAUUGCUAGACUUUAUCAUCCAGGAACAUUUUCCAUCAAUAGCCAUGAAUGAUUCAAAUAGAUAUCUGGAGUUUUUCUCUACAGUCGUAUCAGAGACUGCAAAUCUGAUUGCAUUGUGGAUGUCUGUGGGGUUUGCACAUGGUGUGUGCAAUACAGAUAACUUCAGUUUAUUAUCCAUAACAAUAGAUUAUGGUCCAUUUGGAUUUAUGGACUCCUAUGAUCCAAAUUUUGUUCCAAACACAUCUGAUGAUGAAAGGAGGUAUAAAAUAGGAAAUCAGGCAAAUGUUGGGCUGUUUAAUCUGAGCAAGCUGUUACAAGCUUUAAAACCUUUAUUGGAUCCCAGGCAAAAGCAGCUAGCUUCCCAGAUUUUGGAGGGAUAUGGUGAGCUUUACUACAUCUGUUUCACAGAACUAUUCAAAAGAAAAUUGGGUCUUCUUGGGGAGAAUGAGGAUGAUAACUAUUUGAUUGCUUUCCUCCUAAAACUUAUGGAAGAUACAAAGGCUGAUUUUACAAUGACAUUUCGACAGCUCAGUGAAAUUACUGAAGACCAGUUAAAGGAACUCCAUAUUCCUGAGGAGUUCUGGGCUCUCCAGGAUCUGAGUAAACACAAGUUAUUUUCAGAAUGGGUUACAAUGUACCUUUUGAGAUUGAAUCGUAACAAGGGUGAUUCAGACACCAAGAGAAGAACAAGAAUGACAACUGUGAAUCCUAGAUACAUACUUAGGAAUUGGAUGGCAGAAUCAGCAGUGCGAAAAGCUAAUUUGAAUGACUUCUCAGAGGUUCGUCUCCUACAGCAGAUUUUAGAGCAUCCUUUUCAGAGACAGCAGGCUGCAGAGAAAGCAGGCUACUCCCUGCGCCCCCCAGCUUGGGCCAAGGAUCUUAAAGUAAGCUGCUCAUCCUGA